CAGGUUUUUAUUUUAAGUGUUUGAUCACGUAUCCGAAAAAUAAUAGCUAUACCGUUGUACGUUGCGCUGAUGAUAUUCAGUAGACACGUGUUGAAGUGUGUGUCUUUUGCGUCCCGCUGUGGGUUACUCAGAAAUCGAUUUCUCUCUUUUCAGAAACACCAGAAAAAUAUAUUUAUAGGUUCUCGAAAAAUGUCUUUCUCCAUAGUUGAAAGAGGAUCUCCCAAUACGCUAGGAUAUAGAAUCUUUUAUAGUGACGAGAAUGGGCCAAUCUCACCAUUCCAUGACAUUCCGUUAUUUGCUGACAAAGAAAAUAAAAUCUACAACAUGGUUGUUGAAGUACCAAGGUGGACAAAUGAAAAAAUGGAGAUAGCAACAAAAGAAGCAUUGAAUCCUAUUAAACAAGAUGUUAAGAAAGGAUUGCUACGAUAUGUUCACAACUGUUUUCCUCAUCAUGGUUAUAUAUGGAACUAUGGGGCUUUGCCACAGACUUGGGAAGAUCCUAACCACAUUGAUGAAUCAACAGGAUGUAAAGGAGAUAAUGAUCCUAUUGAUGUCUGUGAAAUAGGCUAUAGGAUUGCAAAACGAGGAGAAAUCUUACAAGUGAAAAUAUUAGGAGUCAUGGCUUUGAUUGAUGAAGGGGAAACUGAUUGGAAACUUAUUGCAAUUGAUAUAAAUGAUCCUUUAGCUGAAGAUCUCAAUGAUAUUGAAGAUGUUGAGAAACAUAUGCCAGGAUUUUUAAGGGCAACUCAUGAAUGGUUCCGGAUAUAUAAAAUGCCUGCAGGAAAUCCCGAAAACAAAUUUGCUUUUAAUGGAGAGCCUAAAAACAAAGAAUUUGCUGAAAACAUAAUUGAAGAUACUCAUAAAUACUGGCAGAAGUUAAUCAAAAGUGAAACUGAUGCUAAUGAAAUUAAUUGCACAUGUGUCACUGUUGAAGAUAGCUUAAAUAAAAUCAAUGUCAUGGAUGCUUUAGCAAUACUUCAACAGUCAGAUGAACCUGGACCUCCUCAUGAAGUAGAUCCAAUAGUUGACAAAUGGCACUUUGUACAGCUGAAAUGAUGGGAAAUGUACUAUCUAUUGAAGACAUACAAGUCAUUUUCAAGAAAAUUAAUUGCUGAUUAUCUCACGCCUCCAAAGAAGUUUUAAAACUAAAUUAAUUUUUCUAAAAAUGCUUCUACUAUCCCACUAUUAUUUUUAUAUUUUAAAAUAUUUAAUUUGAGAGUGAUCUGUGAUAACAGGAACAAAUUCAUAAAUAGGAAUCAUUUUAUUGAUGGAUAAAAUACCUUAAACUUCCUAUAAUUGAAAUAAUUAAGGCUGAAACAGAUUAAUCAAUUUAAAAUUACUCUUGAAAAUUUGCGUGACUUAAUCACACUAAUAUUUUGUAUAAGAUUUUGUCUAUGUAUGUUUUGCAUUAAUUACAAUGAUUAGUCGAGACAUAUUUUUCAGUUCACAUAUCUUUUAUAUGUUAAUUUAUUAUAAGAUUGAAAUGCAGAAAACUUUCAUUAAGAUUUUUGAAUGUGAUAUUUUCUUAGAGUUAUAUAUUUUAUGAAAUUAUUAAAACUAAUUCACAGUUAAUAGCUAAAUAGCUAAUUAGUUUAUGCUAAAAGGUUUUAAUAAUUAGUACAAUAUUAGCUAAAUAGCUAAUAAACUGUUCAAAUUUUACUUUGGACAAUAAAUAUUAAGCUAUAGUGUAACUUAAAUCAUAAUUUCAUUUAUUCCACUCAGAAAUGUAUAUUUAUAUAUUUUCAGUAUUUGUUUUCCCACAAAACUGUUUUUGAAAAGAAAUUCGCAUUCUUUUGGCAUCAAAUCAUUUAAAAAUCAAAAUAAGAUUAUCAAUGAAAUUUAUAACAGGAAAUGUAAAAUUUACCUAUGUUAAUUUCAAUUCUGAACGAUGUUUAAAAGUAUAAUUUUUAAUUGCUUUCUUGGAAAGAAUAUGACUAUUUAUAUAUAUAUAGGAAAUGUUACGAUAUCUGUUUAUGUAAAUUAUUUUUUAAUCUAGUUGCUCUCUGUUUAUAAGGUAGACAUCCCAUGACAUUUCUAAAAUUUUUAUUUGAACAGAAUUGUUGACAUGCAUAUAUAUUUUCAUUGUUAUGAUAAUAAAAUUUUACAUUUGUCAAUGUG